AUUGUUAAUAGAUGUAAAAUUAUACUCUCCAGGUGUAGAUAGUCUUUGAAAAGUUUAUGUCCGUUUACGCAUUUGUCGUAGAGUUACCAAAAAACUUACACUUGCAAGAGACAUAUUUGCAAACGCAACGUUGAUACCGGAGUGCAUUGAUAACAUAAUUAGUGUUUAUCAGACUAUAGUCUAGGAUUUAUAUUAUCCUUCUCCUAUAAUUUCGGGGAAGAUGUUCAAUUUCUUAUCAAAUUUUCAAAAAGGACUCAAGAAUAAAAGAAAAGACAAAAGGGGAAAAGAAAGGAAAAGAAACAUAUGGUUGCUAUUCCGCGCUACGGAUUUUGCAUCGUUGAUGUAUCCUUGCUUCACUGUGUGCCGCAUUAUGGGACUGUUUUCAUACAAGUUCAACGCCUCGAACAUCAAGACUUACAAACCAAGCUAUAUUUUAUCGACCAUCGUUAUGUGCGUUUUUUGUACUGCCUAUUCAAUAGUAUUUAAUGAUAUUAUUAUUGCUAAAAAUAUGCCAAUAGUCACAGACGUAGACACACCCAGGAUACUUGAACAGGCGAGCGAGUACGUUUUUGGUGGAUUUAUAGUAGUCACUACAUUGAUUUUGACUAAACCACGAAUGCGUUUUCUUCAGACCAUAAUGGAGGUUUCAUCGAAAUUACCCCCGCAAUCGUUUCAGAAUUUAUCUAGAUUAAUUCACGCUAAGGACAUAUUCGUUAUCCUGUUUAUAAUUAUGUCAUUGGUGAAACACUUUUCGACAAUGCUACAGAACAUUAGCAUCUUCCGCAAACUUGUUGCGCCAUACAUGAUACUCCUGAUUUUUCAAAUGAAUAUGCUGUAUAUGGAUUGUGUUUGUAUAUUGAAAGCCUGUUUCAAGCAAAUCAAUGACAGUUUGAUGAAUUUGCGAGAACUCUUUACGAAUGGUGAGCCAUGCCUUCUGAGCGGCACCUAUAGAGCGCAGAGAACUCCUUUCAUACUGCUGGAGAUCACAGCUCUGAAAAAGCAGCAUUUGGCAAUCAACGACGCAGUACGGAUGCUAAAUAUGGUCUUCAGUUUGCAACUCGUUGCUACGAUACUUAUGGCUUUCGCUCAUAUCACUUUCAAUAUGUACUAUUUCUUCGGAUUGUUAAUACAAAAUUGUUCGACCCUGACCAAUUUUGAAAGACAGGCGCUUUUCAAGUACUUCAUUGUAUCUAUAAUGUGUUACAUUAUUACAUUAGGAAUGAUACUAUGGGCUUGCGAAACCGGCAAGAAUCAAGCACUGGAGAUCAAAAGCACUGUUCGCGAAGUAUUAAACAACACUAACAAUAAGCAAAUAAAAUACGAGUUGAACCUUUUUUCAUUGCAAUUAUUACAUUGUGAAAAUGUAUUUUCCACGAAGUGGAUUAAUAUGGACACUACAUUGGCAACUGUGUUUAUAGGUAGCGUUACGACGAAUCUAGCAAUCUUGGUCCAAUUCGCGUACAUGUCAAAUACUUGCGAGGAAAAUCUGUCUAAUAAUAAGCAAUAAAUCUAUAUAGUAUAAACAUAGAAAACAGGUUUUAAAUAUUCUUCUGUGUAUGUGAUUGUAAGUAGAGAAUCGUUGUGAAUAGAAAUAGUGUUUUAUGCUUAUAACUAUAGGUAUACAUAUAGGUAUACGUACACGUAUAAAGAAAUUUAAAAUAUUUCAUAUUCUAUAGGUAAGAAUU